AUGAGAGGAUUGCUCCUAAAGUUUAAAUUUACUGAGCAAAUCUCAUUAUCGUAAACUUUAUAAAUCAAGAGAUUCUAUAAAGAAGCUAAAAUUGAGAUGGCAUUAGGAGUAAUCAAUUCACAUCAUUAAUGGUUAAUCAAGGUAUAUAAAUUUAUUUAGAUCUUUAGCUGGAUGGGAAAACAGUGAAAACACCUUCAAAGAAUGAAUUGAUUUUACCCACUCCUUAAUUAGCUUAAUGUAUUGCUGAUGAAUUUAAUUCACAAAAGGAAUUUGUGCAAUCUAAUACAAUGCCAUUAAUGACUUUGGCUAGAAAUGCUGUUGAUAUUGAAGCAGAUGAAACAAUGAGAGAAUUUAUGGAACAUUCAAUAAUUAGUUAUUUAGAAAGAGAUACUGUAUUAUUUAGAGAGCAUUCUGAAUCUGAACUUUAUGAGAUAUAAAGAAAUAAAUUAGAUCCUCAAUUAAAAUAAUUUAAUAGAAAAUUUGGUAUGCAUUUAAAGGUUAAUUUUGGUAUUGAUGUUGAACCUUUAAAAUAAUAUGACUAAAUGAGAAUUGAAACCAUUCUUAAUGAAUUGAGUAGUUGGCAAAUUGUAAGUUUGGAUUCCUAAGUUGGUAUACUUUAAAUUAUAAUCAGAAAAUCUAAAAUCAUGUAUUUUAGCUUUGUAAAUUUGGAACAAUCAUUUAACCAUAAAAGAAGCUGUACAAUUAUCUAGAAUUGAAGAAGAUUAUCAAAUUGCCUUAAAUGGAAAAAUUGAAGGACAUCAUGAUAUAGAUGAAAGUACUAUUCUUGCUAAUAUAAAUGCUGCCAAACUUUUUACAUAAUUAAUUCAAAUCCAAAGUAUUACUUAUUGAUAUUGUGG